GUUAUUAGGGAUCCUAAAAGACGUUUCUGUCUCACGCGGUUUGCUCUAUCCCUAACCAAAUCUCCAUCCGUCGGAUGAUCGCCGCACCGCCAUCCUCGACUGAGAUUUCGGCUUCCCUCCUCGGUUCUGGUCACAUGCAGACAAGCUAUGGCUAUCUCUGCGAUUCGAUUCGGUUCCACCAUGAGGGUGUUCUUCUCUUCGUUGUUUCUGUUCCUUUCUCCCCAGGGUUGUUCUGUCUCUCUCUGUCGAGGAUGCCUCAGUCUCCAUGUCGACUUCUCGGUUUUGGAUAGCAGAUGUUGUCACCGCGGUUCAAGAGGUAUAUGUGGGCUAUGGUUCCAUUCGCCCCUGUUCAAUCUGUUUCUCGAUUCCUUCUCCAGUUUGAAUUUCUUUAUUGUGUUAAUUGUUGCUGUUUUCUGGAUCUAUCAUUUAAUUUUUAGUUGUUUGGUUUCUGGUUUAAUCAUGCUGAUUGUUAAUUGUUUUUCUAAAUCAAUGGUUCUCUCCUAUGUUUGUGCUGUUGGUGUUUCUGUGAAAUAAUUUACUUCUUGGGGGGGGGGUUUGCUCAUUAUAAAUUAUAUAAUUUCCUUUUUACUGUUGGACUGAAGCUAACUGUAGUGUUUGGUAUAGUUGACUGAUGAAAUUCUCUUUUUGCUUUACUAUGAAUUGUCAAAUCAAGUAUAUGUGGUAGGUAUUUGGUAAUUUGCAACAGACCUCUUCCCAUAUUGUUUUUGCUCUUUUCCCAUGAGUAUUUGGUAACUUGUGAUAUCUUCCUAAAUGAUGUGUGUGACCAUAUCAAUCUAUAUAUUCCUAUUAGUCUAUCUCUGUCCUAUAUGUGAAGCUUACAUUGUAAUAUUGAGUGUUUGUUAAAUUUGGGAGUUUAUAACCCCAACUCCUUUGUUUAUCUCCUCAUCUUAGUUCUGAGUUCUUUUGUUUAUAUUUUCUACUUUUGGUGUUCUUAUCUUUCAUAUUUUGGGAAUGAAUGACCAUGUUGAUCUGGUGGACAAAAUCACUCCGUGGAGAGAAUCAUGGAAAGUGCAUGUUAAAGUUGUCAAGUUGUGGUACCACAAGAAUCCUGCUUUGGAUUCUUCUCAAAAUCUGUUGCAUAUGGUCUUAAUGAAUGAGAAGGGUGACAAAACAUCGGUUCAGACUUUUGUUCCAAUACAACACAUCUGUUGUUUCUGUGGUAUCUCCAAGGAUACCUCAUUCGGGUCUGUGUUUUGCAUCAUUAGAUGAAAUUGAUCAAAUGACAAAGGACCACAAUUUCCUGAUUGACUUUGUUGGGAUUAUUACUGGUGUUCGAAAAGAAAGAGAUGUGGCAUCAUAUGGGAAGCUGGUGAAAGCAGUGGUGCUAGAAGUCUUUGCUGAUGGCAAAAGGGUACAAUGCAAUGUGUUUGGAAAUGCUUGUGAUUUGUUAGAAUAUGAUAAGUUACAAAAAUAUGGAAGAUCUCCCCUGGUUGUCCUCGAGUCUUUUAAAAUCAAAGCCAUUGAAGGUGGGGUAAUCCUACAGAAUGUGAUAGAUGUCUCUAGGUUAUUCAUUAAUCCUGACAUUCCUGAGGCCGUUGAGUUCCUAAGCAAAUUUAGUGUAGCCAGUUAUGGAUUCUCAAGCCUUGUGACCAAUGACCUUGGAUACUUAGUUUCUAAAGUUGAUGGUGAUUAUUUCAAUUCCAAAGAGAUCAGUAAUAUUCAAGAUCUUCAUUCAGAUAAUGGGGAUUCUCAUUACUUUGUUAUUAGGACAAUUAAGGAAGUCAUGGAUGAACCAGAUUGGUGGUACUACACAUGUGUGUGUGGUCAAGCUGUUGUUGAGCAUGAGGAUCUCUACCUUUUUUAUUGA